ACAUAUGAAAAAAAAAUGAGUAUCCUUAAAAAACUUUGGAUCCGGCUUUUCUUUAUGAUAAUUGUUUAUUUGCUUAGAUUAAUGAUCGUUAAAGAGUCAAUAAAUAUAUUUUAAUUUUAAAAUCAGAAACAAUUAACAUAACAAUUAUCAAUCUUUGGAUUUAUGAUCUCCAUUAUUACCAUGUCAUGUAAGGUAGAGGAUAUAAAUCAAAAGAAUCCGCAGCAGUGUUCUCUUAUUUUAUUGCCAUUAAUAAAAUAUUUUGUACCGAGCAAAAGAAAAACAUUUUUCUUCAUUCUACCACAGCAUUUCUGUGAGAUCUGGUCUGUGUUGUCUCUGGUUGAAGAUAAGCGUUUUGGGAGCUUAGUUUAGAUGAUUUUUAAAAAUAUGUAUGUAUGUAUGUAUGUAUGUAUGACUGUAUUUCUUGUUGUUGUUGAUGAAAUUUCUAAUUUAUGAAGUUUUUUCUUCAUUGACCUUGAGGGAAAAGCAUGUGUUUGUUCAUGAAUCAGACAUAGGUUAUGCUCUUAAUAUUGAAGUGAAGUACUGAUCUUGGUUUAAUUGUUUUCAAUUGCUUCGCUCAUGUUGUGAUCUUGUGACAAUGGUUUAGUUUCAAUUUUCUGUCUUCAACAGUACUUUCAAGUUCCAAAAAGCCAUGAUUUUAAGCCCUCUCUUAAGAAAAUACCAAAAUCUUUUCUUUUACCAUUAGGAAUCAGACUACAAAAAUUUAGUCAUCUCCUUCUUUAAAGAUAACAGAUCACUCGUUUGCUUCCACCACUGCCAAAGUAAUAUUACAAUAUGUAUUUGUGGAAUAAAAUCAUAAUAUUUUUGAAAGUGUUAUUUGUAAGAAUUUUACUUCUUUUAACCCUUUUGUUUUUUUCCGGAGGUAAGAAUCUUUUGAAAUAUAUACAAGCCACCUAAGGAGGAAGAAGUAUACAAGGCUAGCCCUUGUUCCUUGAACAAAAGCACUAGUCUACAAACUUUCAUUCAUCUUUGAGCUUCACACAUGGCUGCUUCUUGGGCAAACGAAGCCUCUUCCUCUUCCUCCACUGUACAACGCAAAUAUGAUGUCUUCCUGAGUUUCAGUGGCAUUGAUACCCGCUUGAAAUUUACCAGUCAUCUGUUAGCUGCUUUAGAGCGACAUGGUUUUUACACAUUUAGAGACAACACAAAGCUCAACAGAGGAGAAGAUAUUGGUUCUGAACUUCUAAAAGCAAUUGAGGAGUCUAGUAUUUCUAUUAUUGUGUUCUCAAAAAAUUAUGCAAUGUCGAAGUGGUGUCUAGAUGAACUUGUGUGGAUCAUGAAGUGCAAGAAGACAUUUAAUCAGAUUGUUCUGCCUAUUUUUUAUGACGUUGAUCCAUCCGAUGUGCGUGCACAAAAGGGGAGCCUUGCAGAAGCAUUUGCCAAGCAUGAAGAACAUUUUGGAAAGAGUUCAGAUGGCAAGGUGGAGAAGUGGAGAGCAGCUCUUACUGAGGCUGCUAAUAAGUCUGGUUGGGACUUGAAGAACGAGUACGGCGGAGAUGAAGUGAAGUUAAUUGCUAAAAUCAUUGAGGAAGUUGGAAAUGUAAUAGAUCUUGAACAUUUAAGUCCUGCAGACCACCCAGUUGGACUAGAGGAUCGUGUGCAGGACCUCAGAAUGUUGUUGCGCAUGGAGCCAAAUGAUAAUGAUGUUCGCAUUGUUGUAGUAUGGGGGAUUGGUGGACUAGGGAAGACAACAAUAGCUAAAAGUCUGUAUAAACUCAUCCACCAUAGAUUUGCUGGUAGCAGCUUUCUUGCAGAUAUCAGAGAAACUUGGAAGAAAUCAAAUGAGAAAUAUUCACCAAGGAAAAGGAGUCAUAUACAGAGAGCAUUGCGUCGAAAGGUUCUAAUUGUCUUGGAUGAUGUGGAUGAUAUCAAACAAUUGAAGGAAUUAGCCAUUGAUCGAACUUAUUUUGGUCUUGGAAGUAGAAUCAUCAUAACAACAAGAGAUUUGUCUUCGUUAAAUUUUAAACCAGGCGAGAAUGAGAUAUAUACACCAAAGGAGUUGGAUGAGGACAAAUCUCUUCAACUCUUCAGUUGGCAUGCCUUUAAGGAAGACCAUCCCAUAGAAAACUAUUUGGAACUUUCAAAACAAGUUGUGGACUAUGCCAGAGGGCUUCCAUUAGCUCUUGAAAUUUUGGGUUCCUUUUUGUCAUGCAACAGAAGCAUACAGGAGUGGGAAAGUGCAAUAGAAAAAUUGAAAAAAAUCCCCAAUGAAGAUAUUCAAGAAAAACUUGAAAUAAGUUACAAUUCAUUGAGGAAAGAAGAGAAGGAGUUAUUCCUGGAUAUAGCAUGUUUCUUUGUUGGAAUGGAUCGAAAUUUUAUAAUCAAAAUAUUAAAAGGCUGUGAUUUAUUCCCUGAAUUUGGGUUGAGGAUUCUCUUCAAUCGUUGUCUCAUAAAAUAUGGGCCAUGGAACGAGCUUGUGAUGCAUGAUAUGCUUAGAGACAUGGGCAGAGAAAUCGUCAAGAAAGAAUCUAAUGAUGAGCCUGGAAGGCGUAGUAGAUUGUGGCUUCAUAUGGAUGGUCUUGAAGUGUUGAGAUGUGGCACGGGUACUAAAGUAGUUAAGGGCCUCUUCCUGAACUUUCCCGAGUCCAAAGAAGUCCAAGUGAAUGCGAAGGCCUUUGAAAAUAUGAACGAAUUGUGGCUUCUUCAUCUCGAUUAUGUUCACCUAAGUUCAGGUUUGGAACAUAAUUUUAGAAGGUUAUUAUGGCUAAGCUGGAAUGGUUGUCUGUUGGUAUGGUUGCCAUCGAAAUUAUACAUAGAGAAGUUGGUUGCUCUUGACUUGCGUUAUAGCAAACUGAAACAAGUUUGGAAGGGAACCAAGGAUGUUAAUAAUCUGAAAUUUCUUUAUCUCAGUCAUUGUUAUUACCUAACCAAAACCCCAAACUUCUCUGGACUCAACAAUCUUGGGGAACUAUUGAUUGAUAACUGCAUAAGGUUGGUAGAGAUUGAUGAAUCUAUUGGAUGUUUCAACAAACUUAUUGUCCUAGACAUGGCAAAUUGUAUAAAACUUGAGCAGUUUCCUUCAAGGAUUUUGAUGUCAAAAUCUCUCGAGUAUCUUGAUCUCUCGGGCUGCUCCAAACUAAGAGAAUUUGCUGGAUUUAAAGGAUUACUAUCAAAAUCAUUGUACACAUUUUUCUCAUCUUCGGCAUUGCCAAGAAAGAACGUGGAUUCCAUUGGUUUUUCAUUACAGGGUUUAAGAAGUUUGAAGACGUUGAAGAUAGCCAAUUUCAAUAUGUCAUAUCUGCUCAGUGAAAUUGGGAGUUUGGUCUCAUUAACACAUUUGGAUCUUAGUGGAAACAAGUUUUUGUGUAUGUUACCGGAUAGCAUCUAUAAUCUUACUCGCUUGCAGAGAUUGGACAUGGCAAAUUGCAAUGUAUCAUAUCUGUCUAGUGAAGUUGGGAAUUUGAUCUCAUUAACACAUUUGGGUCUUAAAGGAAACGAUUUGUGUACCUUACCGGAUAGCAUCGGCAACCUUACUCGCUUGCGAUCAUUGAACAUGGAAAAAUGCAAUGUAUCAUAUUUGCCCAGUCAAUUUGAGAGUUUAAUCUCAUUAAGACAUUUGGAUCUUACAGGAAAUAAUUUGUGUACCUUACCGGAUAGCAUCGGUAACCUUACUUGCUUGCAAUAUUUGGAGAUGACAAAUUGCAAUGUAUCAUGUUUAUCCAGUGAAAUUGGGAGUUUGAUCUCAUUAACAGAUUUGUUCCUUGAUGGAAAUAAUUUGUGUAUGCUUCCGGAUAGCAUCAGUAACCUUACUAGCUUGAUUCAGCUAGGUAUGAACAACUGCAAUUUGUCACAUCUGCCUGGUGCAAUUUGGAAGUUGAACUCAUUAGGAAACUUAUUAGAAACAAUUUACGUACCAUACCAAAUGACAUCUGUAAGCUUACUAACUUGGGAACCCUCUACCUUAGUAGUUGUGCAAGGCUCCAAUCAAUUCCUGAGCUUCCUAAGAGCAUACGUGCAUUGACUGCAGUUGAUUGUGUUUCAUUAGAGAACAUUGAGUUAAAAUGGCUGGUUGGGGUUCAUUAUGGGCCAAUCCUGAGAUUUAAAGGUUGCCAUAAAUUAGCCGAGAGCAAUUUUGUAAAUAAUGUCAUGAAAGCAGCCAUACAACAGGUUAAGGAUUUUCAUGCACUUGAGAGUCCUGCGAUCCAUGGUUUUGUAAGUCAUUCUGAAAUCCAUCUUACAUGGGGUGAGGUUCCCAGACGGUUCGAGUACCAAAGUGAAGGAUCAUAUUUGUCUGUCAAGGUGCCGCCCCUUAUAAAUCAUAAAAUACGGGGCUUGGCUGUAUGCAUAAUUUACAUUGGAUCCAAUUUCAAUGAAAAAUGCAAGCAAACAGGUUCUUUUUGUCUUGAAUACUGUUAACAUAUAUUAAUAUAAUGUAACAUAUAUUAAUAUGUAUAUAUAUUAUAUUAACACACAUAGCUAUACUAAUAUAUUAUAUAUAUAUAUAUAGUGGAUGCUAGGAUGCCAGAGCACGCCUUCGCUUUCGGCUGCUUUCGGCCACUUUCUAAUAUUUUAUGUAAUGUAACAUAAUGAUGUUGUAAACAAUAGCUCCUAUAAAUGGAGUCUCCUCUUACAUUGUCAGAUACAAUAUAUACAAGAGAUUUCUUACACUCUCUUAUUUGUUUCAAAUACCAUAUAAACAAAGUCCGGAGAUCAAAUUCAUUUUGUUAUCCCGGUGAUGGUUUAUGUAGUGAAGACCAGAUGUGCCUCGAAUUUACGUCAAUGAGUAAAUUAGAAGGCGGUGAUGAAGUGGAGAUUUUCAUAACAAAGUGUGAGCAGACACAGAUAAAAAAGUGUGCGGCUAAAUUAAUUUUUGAGGUUGAUGAGAAUAAUGCAGAUACGAAUGAUGAAGCAUUGGCUGACUACAUCUCAUCGCCUUCCCCAAGUGCCAUUCAAGAAGAAGAGGAAGAAGUUGAUUAUCCAACCAAAAAAAGAAGAAGAAGUUGAUUCAACAAAUCAAUAAUAAAACUUAAAGCAUUGGAAGCAAAAGGUCAUUUGAUGCGAGAGAGACUAGAUAUAAGACGAGCAAAAUGGUUGAGCUGCCUAUAGGUAGUCAGAAUGUAUGAAGGGGUUGUUUGGGAUGACCUAAAUAAGUGCACUUUUUGUCUUUUUACGAAAAGAUGUGCAGAAAAAUAGAGAGAUGAUGUGAUGAAAAAAAGAUAAAAAGUGUGUAUUUAUUUAAGAUAUCCAAACUUGGCCGAAGCCUACAUUACUAAGGUUAUAAACUAAUGAUUUUGGUUUUUUAUUGAUGUCGUAUUACCUUAUAUAUUGAAGUUGAGACCUUCAUUGAACUAAGAGAGGAUCUAAAUUCCAAGCAGACCCAAAUCCUCACGCCUCAUAUGAAGUCAGCUUGGACGUACAAUUAUCCCUCCUCUGUCCAGAUUAGAGGCGACAUCCGGACCCACAUGUCUCCUUGAACUUGCUUCGACACGGUUUAGUUGAUUUUCAAUAGGUAUUAACAUGUGAUUGUUUAUUCAAUCACUUGAAUUAUACCACCGAAUUAAAGGCCUAUUCUUAUUUAUAGGUAAAUGAUUCUCUCAUUUUAUUUCAUGUUAUAUUUUAUUCUAAUUAAUAUAGUAUGUCUCAUGACAUUACUCAUCCUGUUCAUCCAUGAUAUUAAUGAAUUUAGUUAAAUAAAUAACAAUUAUUAAACAUAGUGUAAGAGCAUAUUGAACAAAUUCUUUAAAACACUCAAAUUAGACAUUUUAGUUAGCCUCUAGCCCUCCAAUACUCUUUAAACAUUAUUUUGCUUUCUACAUUGGAAAAGCAUGAGAGAUUAUCCAAACUUUAGAAAAGAUUAUCCAAACUUUAGAAAAUUGCUUAAAAUAUUAAAAAAAAUUCAGUAAAAACAAAAAAAUACGAAAAAUAAGAAAGUAGAAUUUUUUGAAAAAUAUUUUUUGAAAAA